GAUCCUGUGCGUCCACUGUGUGGCCUCCCCUCCUCUUCCAGUUAUUAUCACAUUUUGCACAUCAGGGGCUGUGCUUUUAUUUGCAUGGAGGUCGUUUUCAAAAAUUAGAGUUCGCGAUCUAAAUCUACCAUUGCGUGUGAUGGAAAGAAGUUUCGACCUGGGUUCUUGGGUGCAUCUUCAAAAGGAGUGGCUCAACUGAUCUCUACGCGGAGCUUUCUGCAGGCAAUGUUUUCAGUACAAAUGUUUCCUCGAGAGAGAUAGCACAGUGGAAAGCAAAGGUUAUAGAGGAGCGGAAAGCGACGAAAUAAAAAAAAAUUCCACCUAUAAACUAGAAGCAAUACCAUCUGUACAUCUUUGGAAUGUGUGAGGGAACUGGAGUCUCCAGAGGAAAUCCACAAAAUCACAGGGAGAACAUGCAAACUCUGCACAGGCAGCACUAAUGCUCAGGUUUGAAGUCAGGUUGCUGGUGCCUUAAGGCAGCAACUGUAUUAUUGGUGCCAUUAUGCUUUAUUCGCCAUGCAUGUUAAUACUGUGUUACUCCAGUGACCUUUAUUGUUCAUCAAGUGUUACUUCAACAGGCCUUUGUUAUGCAUUAAACAUAAUUUCAAAUUGAGAUCAAUUCAAAUUCAAAUCAGGUGUGGACUUAAAACACAUGGGUUAAGAUCAACAAUGUUAUUGGUAAUGUUAAUGAGAUUGGGUAGACAUUUCAAACGAACACCUUUUAUAUGAUGUUAGUUAAUAUACACUCGUUACCCAUCAAUCAGAAGAAGGGUCUCGACCAGAAACGCCACCUAUUCAUUCUCUCCAUAGAUGCCACACCCGCUGAGUUCCUCCAGCAUUGUCUACCCAUUUGUUCGUGUGUUUUAAGGAGAGUUGUUGUAUUCUGUCAUAAAUCCACCCACAGCCGAUAUAACUCAACAUCAAGGCUGUAUCUUUUUUAAAAAAAGACAACUUGGUGUUUUACUGGGACUGAGCACACGGAUUAACAAAAGCUAGUCUGUUCAAAGAUUGCCUUAGUUCUAGGUUAUGAUUCCUUUGUGGGGCCCGUUUCCCCUGGGUAUUAAUUACGUUAAUUCCACCCUCACAAAUGGUGUAUUUUCAACAGAUUUAACGUUUCUUUAAGGAAGGAAUUACCAUCAAAUAGGCUUGUGUGAUUGCUACCGACGGGAACAGCGUUGACCAGUGCGACAACACUAAAAGUAGCAAUGAUGGGCAUCUGUAUUUUGACUUGCUAGAUACCGGACGAAAAGAAUUUGGGAAGCAAUUCUUGAAGAAUGAAUGGCCGUAGAUUUAUACCUUUUGGGUACUCAGCUGGGCUGAAUACACAUGACAGAAGAGGCCACCACAUGAUUGCUCGUCAUCUACAGAACUUAGGAAGAAGCAAUAUUGUUCACUUAUCAGCUCCUCAGUGGUCUCAUCACAUUCCAAACUUCUAUCCUCAUUGGAUGUCCAAUUGUUCUCCUUGGAUAAUUAAUCCAUAUGGUUUUGGAAGUUCUCGCCCCUUCCAUUGGACUCCAUAUUUCAACUGGAAUCCUUCUUUCCAUCAGAGACCACCAUUGUCCUUUUAUGGUGAUUCGUGGACAAGGGGUGGAUACGCACCACAAACUUCUAAUUCUUACACAAGUCGAUCAUCAGGUUGCUCUAUGGAGGCGAAUAUAGAUGCACCUCAAAGUAAACGGAGAAAGUGUGAUCCAGCAAAUAAGGAGGAACUUAACCUUUCAGAAUCAAAUGAAACAAAUCAUGCAGCACAGGACAAAACUGACUUUGUUGCUCCUCAUGGCAUGGAAUUGGAAAACUUGUGUUGCUCCAACAUAGCCGAAAGUCAAGAAACUGGAGCUAUCAAAGUAGGGGCAGUACAUAGAACAUGGGAGGAUGUUACUUCAUUGUACAAGAGCAGCCAUGAUACUAGUGAAUCCAACGAAAACUCCGAUGGAAAACAAAGGGAAGCUUUUGAUUUUUCUGUCCUGUCGUAUAAUAUUCUGGCACAAGAUUUAUUGGAGGACAACAGUCACUUGUAUAGACAUUGCAGUCAACCAUUAUUGCAGUGGGGAUUCCGAUUUCCUAACAUCCUUAAGGAACUGAAACAGCUGGAUGCAGAUAUCAUGUGUUUACAAGAAGUUCAAGACAACCACUAUGGAAUGCAGCUGAAGCCAAUACUGGAAUCAUUAGGUUAUCAUUGUGAGUACAAAAUGCGGACAGGAAACAAACGAGAUGGCUGUGCCAUUUGUUUUAAACGUUCAAAGUUUUCACUCGUCUCUGCUAGCCCAGUGGAGUUUUAUCGUCCAAUGAUCCAGAUACUAGACAGAGACAAUAUUGGACUUGUGGUAUUAUUACAACCAACUCUUUCUCAGUCUGCUGCUCGUGUGUGUGUGGCAAACACUCAUCUCUUGUACAAUCCACGUCGAGGGGACAUCAAGCUCACUCAGCUUGCAAUACUCCUGGCUGAAAUCAACAAACUGGCGUCUGAUGGGAAGGAUGGACACUGUCCAAUUAUUCUAUGUGGGGACUUCAACUCUGUCCCUGAUUCACCAUUGUACAAUUUCAUUAGGAAUGGGAAACUCAUUUACGCAGGACUUCAAAUAGGAAAGGUGUCAGGUCAGGAAACAGGUCACAGGGGCCAGAGAGCUUUGACAACCCCACUUUGGCCUCCAAGUCUUGGAAUUUCAUCAGAAUGUCAAUAUGAAACAAUGAAGGAUGCAGAGUGUCCUGUAGAUGGUCUGGACAAUUCAGAAAAGCUGAUGGCUGAUAUAAAGAAUUAUCCCAUGGAUCAACAGACUGCUUCUGCAAUUUGCCACAAAUUCAAGCUACUUUCUGUGUACUCCCAUUAUCUACCUGGGAGCAAUAAAACAGAGGUCACCACUUGUCAUUCCAAAUCUGCUGUCACCGUGGACUAUAUAUUUUAUUCAGCAGCAAAACAUAAUGGAGCUGCAAUGUCAGGAGAAGAUGGUCACUUGCAGCUUCUUGGGAAACUUGCACUACUUACAGAACAGGAUCUUUGGACUGUAAAUAGAUUACCCAAUGAAAACAACUCAUCAGAUCAUCUCCCUUUGUUGGCCAAAUUCAGACAAACUUUGAUAUGAAAGAAAGUUGCCAGUAAUUUUUUCCUUCUGUUCAGUAUUUGAUCAAAAUGUGUAUUUUAUGGGAUACAGCAUUUAUGUGUGUUUUUUGGGCUUUGAUAGAUUUCUGAAAGAUUUUAAAUAAAGUUUUUUUAAAUCUCUG